CGCGCGAAGUAAACAGCGCCCUCUGUAAACUGACUGACAUAAUACUGGCAAUAUUCGAUGAUUACUGUUACAUGUGUUUGUGCUGUCUGCCCUGUGUUUGAAAAGAGGUUGAUGUUAGCGUGGAUAGGCCUAGUAUGUAUAUUAUAUGAAGAAAGCAAAUAUCAGCCCUCAGUGCCGUUGUUUAUGAUAAUGAGGAAUACAAACUAAGUUAUGGGCGAGUUUGUGUGAAGCGGAUAAUAUUUUGGUCACCGUGGCUUCGUGGUGAACUUCAUCCUUCACACGAAAGUGAGAUUAGACAGGCGGUUGGAUACGAUUGACGGCUCUUAUGGUCGGUGUCGGUGUCAUAAAAGGACGACAGGGGAAAGUUUACGUAAAUUGGUUAUUAACAGGACUACUUCCUGAUUACCCUUAGGAAAUCUCUUUUAUUUAAUGUGAUAUAAGGAGAUAUUAAAGAUGUUGGAACAGAUAUUGAAGGAUAUGUACAUAGAACCAGCUCUAUUGAAUGAGCUUAAUGAAGACCAAAAACAGCAACUAUUUAUAAAAUUACGAGAGGAACAGAAGAGACGAUAUAGAGAACAUGAAAGGGAGUGGGAGGAAGCUGAAGCUAAAAAUAAAUUAAAACCUAAAAAAUCGCCAAAACCUGGUAAAGCUGUUAAAACAGUCAAAUUUUUAACUGGUAAAGAUAACAGGGAAUGGGUAUGGGUCAUGGGUGAACAUCCAAACGACCAGUCUAUAGAGCAUAUUUUACAGAAAGAAGCUCAAGAAAAAGCUGUACAACAGGCAGACAAAGAAGCAGAAGAAUUACGGAAAAAAGAAGAGUUAGAAUUAAGGAGACAAUAUGAAGAAGAAAAGAGGCGAUUGGAAAAACAUAAAGCUGAAAAAGAAGCUGAAAUACGGCGUAAAAGAGAGGAGGCUGAAUUGUACCAAACAUUAAAAGAAGCGAGAUUAGAGGCUGAAAGAUUAGAAAAAGAGAAGAAAAAAACUGAAGAGGAAGAAAAAAAGAAAUUACAACAAUUACAAGAUAUUCAAGAAAGAAAUCGCAAAAAAUCUGUGGAAAGGGCUGAUACAUACAAAAAUAGAAGAAGUACAGAAAUUUAUUCCAAGUGGAAAGAAAAUCGAGAGAUGUUUGAGAGAAUGGCUAUAGAGAGUAACAAAGAAGUAGAAAAAUCAUGGAAAGAACAAGAAAAGAAAGCUAAAGAAGCUGAACAAAAAAGAAGAGAGAUGGCUAGACAAGCUAGAAAAGAGUGUAUAGAAUCGUUAAAACGUGUUAAUAAUAAAAUACAUGCUACCAAUGCAUUCAAGGUGGCAGGUAGACUACCUCCAGACGUAAAACCUCCACUUCCACCAAAAAGAAAUGUUUUAAAAGAUAAAAAUGUUAUUAGAAAAAGUAAGCACAGAACGGAGCCACUGCCACCAGAUCGUCAAUCAGUUGUAGAAUGGUUUGUAAGUGAAGAAAAACCUAAAGGUGCUGGUAUUGAUCCAGAUACUGGUAAUGUAGCAGAAUGGUUUCAUGGUAUUAUAAGUAGAACUGAUGCAGAAAGAUUAUUAGAGAAGAAAGCUGUGGGAUCUUUUAUUGUACGAGUCAGUGAACGUGUGUGGGGUUAUACUAUAUCUUAUAAAGCUCAAGACAGAUUAAAACAUUUUUUAAUAGAUACAUCAGAGGAUGGAUAUCAGUUUUUUGGUGCUAAUCAAGUUCAACAUGAAACAUUAUCCGAUUUAGUCAAAUUUCAUAAAGAGACAUCUAUAACAGUUAUUGGUGAGGAGAAAUUAUUACAUCCUUGUGGUCAGAUAGUAGAGCCUCCAGAUCAUUCUGAACUAUUUCACAGUCGUAUACAAAUAACACCAUUAUAGCAGGAAAAGCCUGAAAUUAUACAAAUAUCAUAUCAGAGCUCAAUAAAUCUACAUGAUAAUCACAUGUAGCAUAACACUGCAUAGUAUUUAUACUUAGUCAACUCUUGUCUAGAUUUAAAAUACUUUUAUAUAGUAUAAUAGAUUUGUAACACAAGAUUAAGACCAUAUUUGCAAUAAGAAUUCAUUUGACUGAAUUUAAAAUAUUUACGACUAAGAGAUGUGUUUAAAGAUUUCUGGUGUAAAGAUUAUGUGAUAUUGACAUAAGAAAUAACCCAUCAAAUUGUAUGCUUAUCAAUCAUAGGUGAAUAUGACAUAUUUGUGUAUCAUUAUGGUUCUAGUUUUCAUAUUUGUUACACAUUUGAUAGAAUUUGUGUUAUUUAAGAUGCUUUAGAUAUAUUACUCUAACAUACCAUGCAUGAUAUCUCUAUGUGAAUUGUUUGAUGGUAAAUUCAAACAAUUAAUUGAUCUGAACUGAUCAACAAACACGUGCAUGUCAUUUUUUUCUGAUCUUGUAGUACAUUGUAAUUAGGGUAAGCAUUAUAAUUAUACACUACAUAUUUACAAUAACCAGCAUUCUUCAGAGCAUUAAAUAUUUUCCAUUAGUUUUGUACAUUUUAUAAGACAUAAAUGUUUCAUUUUGCAUCCUAAGGCCCGUUUUCCAUUCAGGUGUUUUUGCCUGUUACAUGAAAAUGGUCCCAUUCUCCAUGAUCGUUAACUUUCUGGAUUUUAAUAAAGUUCAUUUUUUGUUUUAUUCUUAAUUACCAAAUUUGCUGCAUCGAUAUAUAUUUUUCUUGUACCGUAAUAUUUGCAAUAAUUUUAAUUUUAAUAUGUGUUUAGAAAGUUGUUCUAUAAGUUGUUAUAAUAGCAUUCUUUUCUGAAACUAAUGCAUUAAUUGUAUUUAUCAUGCUGCUGUGAAUUUCAGUAUUACAAAUCGGGAUGUCUGUUAUGUAAUAUAUGCAUUGAAUUUCCUUAAUAUAAAUUUUGACUUGUUUUAAAUUAGAUUUAGCGGAAAUUCCAAAUAAAUCCUAAAUAUGAGGAACAAUUUGAUUGGAUGUUGAUUAAUUACAAGAGCUAAUGAUAUUACCUGUAUAUAACAAGAAGAAAGUGAGCAAGAGAACAAAUGAGUAGAACGCUUGUGUAGCUUAUAUUUUGUAAAUAAAUUAGCCAUAAUAUGGAUAUUUAUAUCUCUCCUCAAACAUUUUGCCAUAGUGUUUCAUGUCAUAUUUAUAGAAUUUUAAAUAAAAAUUUGUGACAUUUGUUUUAAAUCAAAAUAAAUUAAUAUAUGUGUACAUAUAAGAUAAUUGUGCUUUAAUGGCAUUUUGUGCUUUAAAGAAAUUUUUAUUAUUAUUAUUUUUUUUUUACUGUGAUGUAAUUAUCAUGAUAUAGUGCCCCAGUGUAUCGGACAAUUAUGAAUGCUUAAAUUUUCUCCCAAGUAGCCCCAUUCAUGAUCCAGCAUGGUAGCCAUCUUUGUGACAUCACUAUGUUAAACUAAUUCAAGCUGUUGGAUAACAUAUUCUGAAAAUGAUGUUGUCAGGCAUGUGAUGAAAUAUUUUGUCUUCUGUGAUGAAAUAUUUGUUUUCUGUGAUGAAAUAUUUUGUCUUCUAUUAACUUGCGUGGUAAUCAAUUUGGGGAUGUUUAUUAAUUUUCUGGAGCACUUAUUAUGUUUGGAUGGAUUUUAAUUGCAUCUACUUCUGACGAUCUGAACAAACUUGUAUUAUAUCAUAAUACAGAUAAACUCUGUAGAAAAUAAAACUAUAUAUUUCAAUAAAUUAUCUUUGAAAUAAAACCUGAAAAAAUCAA